UGUGAUUCCUGCGUCAAAGGAGAGCUUUGUGUUUGAUAUGGUCCUGAUAUAUCAGCUCGCCUACCUGCUGGACUUUGAUCACACGACUGUUGUUUCGAAGGCACUAUCGUUUCUCAGCCUGAGCCUCAACAUAGAGAACAGUCAGGGCGGAUGCGUGCUUCCAUUGAGUCCGUUCGACAAAAUGAUCGCUCCAUAUGUGGUUGCUCUUGGCAUGAUCGUUUGCCAGGGUCUGUGGCACGCGAUGAUCCAGUUCGUCCGGGGUCCUGAUCGAGGCCCGCUGUUCAAGAAGAUCUGGGCAAAGACGAUCCAUUGGUUUCCGUAUCUGGACACAGGCCUCAGACACUCUCUGAAACGGACAAGCAUCAUCCUGAUCUUUUUCUACUUCAGCCCGGUCUACAGCACAGCCGUCGGCAUUCUGUCCUGCAGGACCAUUGAGGGUCUUCCCUCAGUUGUGUGGGACUAUCCGUCGAUCCAGUGCUGGACAGGUUCCCACACAGCCGUAGCCAUUGUAUCCGGUGCCAUCGUGGUGGUUCAGGCGAUUGUGCUCCCAGGCGCCCUCCUCCGAUACGGGCUCCAUCGACAGAAUGAUGCCACGGACCAGGGCAAGACCGUCCAGGAAGAUCGUCCUGAACGGGAGCGGCAAAGCAGAACCCAUGUCGAGCUGGAGAAGACGGAUCCGUUCUACGUCCUGCACAGCUGCUACACAGACCAGUUCCGCUGGUGGAUGGCUGUGGAUUUGAUGGAGCGAUCGAUGAUCAUUGGGUUGCCGAUGCUUCUUCGGCCAGUCGGAGCGUACGUCCCCAUCUAUGUGACGCUAUCAACCCUGUGGAUGUUUCUGAUGCUGCGUGCCCUCAUGGCGCCGUACAGAUCGUCCAUCGAUCAUGCCGUCAGGAUUCUGGGCUAUUCAGCCCUUAUUGUCGAGUUUUCGUUUCAGCUGCGACAAAAGUACAUCACAAACCAAUAUGGAGUCACAGAAGGCGAUGCGUGGAUUGAGCAGAUGGUUGCCGUUGUGGUGCCCGCGGCGAUUCUGAUCCCCGUCAAGCUCUUUUCAAAGGUUCCUGUGGAGAGGAGACAGCAUCUGACCGAGCAGCUUCUCUACAUCUCACAAAAGUCUCUGAGAGUCCUUCCCAAAUCGCCGUCCAGCAACUGAAUACAUCGCCGCGCGGACAAUCCGCGAUGUUACCAGCCCACAAAUCGUUUGGUCAUUUGUCAAAAUACUGAAUGUCCCAUUUUCAUUGAAUUAGCUGCAAAUGGGCAUUUGGUGGUGGUGAAAAACAUCGACUCAAAUGGA